ACAUGUCUUGCAACCCUGACAUUGGCAAAAUCGUCGCGCAAAACGACGGAGCCAUAGACACAAAAGUUGAAGUUGAAGUUGGCGCAAAUUCAUUUUGUAGCCGGUGCUGAUAGCUUUCUAUUAAUUAUAAUUUGUGGUGCUGGCAGUAUAGUGUUCUGGGCUACUGACUCUUUGGAGAAAACUAAAAAUCGCUUAUCAAGAUGCCGAAAAAACAACCAAGAAAUUCUUUUUAUUAUUUUAUGAUCGAUUUCAAGGAAGAGCAACGAAAGAAGGGCACCGUAUAUGCUAAUAUGGCAGAAGUGGCAAAUGCUGCCGGCCCUGCUUGGACGUCCGCCCCACCCCCACUUCGAGCAAAGUAUGAAGCCAUAGCGAAGGUACAAAAGCAGAAGCAGAAUGUCCCGGAGAAGAAGUUCACAUCAACCGGAGUGUCGUUGGCGGAGAUAGCGCAGCAAGACGCAGAGCGCAAAGAUGCCAUGGAGGCUGAGCGAGAGGACAUUCAUAACUUUGUUGUGCAGAAAAGUGUCAAUAAAAGUAUCGCAAAUGAGGACAUAUAUUUGAUAGACGUGAACUAUUAUUGUAAGACGAGCACCCACUACCUCAUAGGAGAGUUCACUCUGCUGCGGUUCUCCCUGCAGGAUGGCAUUAAGAAUACAUAUCAUGAGCUUAUCAAUCCAGGUAUUCCUCCGGUGGGGUACGCGCUGGACGUGAAGCUGGGCUGCCAGGAGUACGGACUAGAAAUGCCCGAUGAUCAUUCCAAACCUACUAACUACAUGCAGGUCCUGGCGAACGUGGUCGACUACCUGAAGCAGCAGGACGCGAAAAUGCCCUCGCCGCCGCCCGUCUUCACUAUGCCCGACAAGGUGGAGCCCGUGCUGGACUUCUUGCAGUUCCUGUGCUCUGGCGUUGGCGAAGACGACAACCAGUUCCGAGUAUACAAGCUGGACACGCUGCUGUUCAUGGUGGCCAACACCGCGGCCGGCGGCACCGACGAGGGCUUCCCCAAGGAGUCGCUGGCGCUGGUGCAGCUGAAGAAGGACAGCUUCAAGUACACGCCGGAGCUGGGCUGCGAGAUGCACGAGCGGGGCGAGCUGGCCGUGCAGUGCACGUCGUCGCGCGUCAAGCGCUGGGCCUACACCGUCAUGGACUGGUGCUGCCCGCUGCUGGGCGUCGAGGCGCUGCCCGGCACGCACGUGCCCGCCGACUUCGACGUCGACCUUCAAAAAAAGAGAAACGCACCCACGCGCCGUUGAGACUGCCCGCCACUAAUUACUCGCGCGACUUCGCGGCGCCGCCGGAGCUGUCGCUCGACUCCGACUCGGAGUUCCCGUCGCUCUCUUCCUCGCGUGGACGAGGUCGUGGACAGGCCAGCUUCAGCCGCAUGAAUAUGCA